GUACGGGUGCCGGGACGUCCUUUGCGGAAGUCCAUGCGCCAUUGGGAGGGCCUCAGCGGCUGCUCUGUGCCCUUGUUGCGGAGGGCCUCUUCCUGGGUCAUUCCUGUAGCAGGAGCCGGGCUGGGGCUGACACGGGGGCUCCCACGUGGCCAUCUCGGCGCCUGUGUGACCUCCCCGCUCGCGGGAUGUGGCGACUACGUCGGGCCGCCGUGGCCUGUGAAGUUUGCCAAUCCUUAGUGAAACAUAGCUCUGGAAUGAAAGGAAGCCUACCACUACAAAAACUGCAUCUGGUUUCACGAAGUAUUUAUCAUUUACAUCAUCCUGCAUUAAAGCUUCAAAGACCCCAACUAAGGACAUCAUUUCAGCAGUUCUCUUCUCUAACUAAUCUUCCUUUAUGUAAAUUAAAACUUUCUCCAAUUAAAUAUGGCUACCAGCCCCGCAGAUAUUUUUGGCCCGCAAGAUUAGCUGCAAGGCUCUUAAAACUUCGGUAUCUCAUACUAGGCUCUGCUGUUGGGGGUGGCUAUACAGCCAAAAAGACUUUUGAUCAGUGGAAAGAUAUGAUACCCGACCUUAGUGACUACAAAUGGAUUGUGCCCGACAUUGUGUGGGAAAUUGAUGAGUAUAUUGAUUUUGAGAAAAUUACAAAAGCCCUUCCUAAUUCAGAAGACCUUGCAAAAUUAGUACCAGACUUUGACAAGAUUAUUGAAAGUCUCAGCUUAUUGAAGGACGUUUUCACCACAGGUCACAAAUUGGUUAGUGAAGUCAUAGGAGCUUCUGACCUACUUCUCUUGUUAGGUUCACCUGGAGAAACGGCAUUUCGAGCAACAGAUCAUGGGUCUGAAAGUGACAAGCAUUAUAGAAAGGGUCUGCUUGGUGAGCUCAUUCUCUUACAACAGCAAAUUCAAGAACACGAAGAGGAAGCGCGCAGAGCCACUGGCCAAUAUAACACGAGCUAUGUCCAACAGAAGCGCAAGGUGUCAGACAAAGAGAAAAUUGACCAACUUCAAGAAGAACUUCUACAUACUCAGUUAAAGUAUCAGAGAAUCUUGGAACGUUUGGAAAAGGAGAACAAAGAAUUGAGAAAAUUAGUGUUGCAGAAAGAUGACAAAGGAAUCCAUCAUAGGAAACUUAAGAAAUCUUUGAUUGACAUGUAUUCUGAAGUUCUUGAUGUUCUCUCUGAUUAUGAUGCCAGUUAUAAUACACAAGAUCAUCUGCCACGGGUUGUUGUGGUUGGAGAUCAGAGUGCUGGGAAAACUAGUGUGUUGGAAAUGAUUGCUCAAGCACGAAUUUUCCCAAGAGGAUCUGGGGAGAUGAUGACACGUUCUCCAGUCAAGGUAACUCUGAGUGAAGGUCCUCAUCAUGUGGCCUUGUUUAAAGACAGUUCUAGGGAGUUUGAUCUUACCAAAGAAGAAGAUCUUGCAGCAUUAAGACAUGAAAUAGAACUCCGAAUGAGGAAAAAUGUGAAAGAAGGUUGUACUGUUAGCCCUGAGACUAUCUCCUUAAAUGUAAAAGGCCCUGGACUACAGAGGAUGGUGCUUGUUGACUUACCAGGUGUAAUUAGUACUGUUACAUCAGGCAUGGCUCCUGACACAAAGGAAACUAUUUUCAGUAUCAGCAAAGCUUAUAUGCAGAAUCCUAAUGCCAUCAUACUCUGUAUUCAAGAUGGAUCUGUGGAUGCUGAACGUAGUAUUGUUACAGACCUGGUUAGUCAAAUGGAUCCUCAUGGAAGAAGAACUAUAUUUGUUUUGACCAAAGUAGACCUGGCAGAGAAAAAUGUGACUAGUCCAAGCAGGAUUCAGCAAAUAAUUGAAGGAAAACUCUUCCCAAUGAAAGCUCUAGGUUAUUUUGCUGUUGUAACGGGAAAAGGAAACAGCUCUGAAAGCAUUGAAGCUAUACGAGAAUAUGAAGAAGAAUUUUUUCAGAAUUCAAAACUCCUAAAAACGAGCAUGCUAAAGGCACACCAAGUAACUACAAGAAAUUUAAGCCUUGCUGUAUCAGACUGCUUUUGGAAAAUGGUACGGGAAUCAGUUGAACAGCAGGCUGAUAGUUUCAAAGCUACACGGUUUAACCUUGAAACUGAGUGGAAGAAUAACUAUCCUCGCCUGCGAGAACUUGACCGGAAUGAACUAUUUGAAAAAGCUAAAAAUGAAAUCCUCGAUGAAGUCAUCAGUCUGAGCCAAGUUACACCAAAACAUUGGGAGGAAAUCCUUCAGCAGUCUUUGUGGGAAAGAGUUUCAACUCAUGUGAUUGAAAACAUCUAUCUUCCAGCUGCACAGACCAUGAAUUCAGGAACUUUUAAUACUACAGUGGAUAUCAAGCUUAAACAGUGGACUGAUAAACAGCUUCCUAAUAAAGCAGUAGAGGUUGCUUGGGAGACCCUACAAGAAGAAUUUUCUCGUUUUAUGACAGAACCCAAAGGCAAAGAACAUGAUGACAUAUUUGAUAAACUUAAAGAAGCUGUUAAAGAAGAAAGUAUUAAACGCCACAAGUGGAAUGACUUUGCAGAGGACAGCUUGAGAGUUAUUCAACACAAUGCUUUAGAAGACCGCUCCAUAUCUGAUAAACAGCAGUGGGAUGCAGCAAUUUAUUUUAUGGAAGAAGCUCUGCAGGCUCGUCUACAGGAUACUGAAAAUGCAAUUGAAAACAUGAUAGGUCCAGACUGGAAAAAGAGGUGGUUGUACUGGAAGAAUCGGACCCAAGAACAGUGUGUCCACAAUGAAACCAAGAAUGAACUGGAGAAAAUGUUGAAGUGUAAUGAAGAACACCCAGCAUAUCUUGCAAGCGACGAGAUAACCACGGUCCGAAAGAACCUAGAGUCCCGAGGAGUAGCAGUAGAUCCAGGCUUGAUUAAGGAUACUUGGCAUCAAGUGUAUAGAAGACAUUUCUUAAAAACAGCUCUAAACCAUUGUAACCUUUGUCGAAGAGGCUUUUACUAUUACCAAAGGCAUUUUGUAGAUUCUGAGUUGGAAUGCAAUGAUGUGGUCCUGUUUUGGCGAAUACAGCGCAUGCUUGCUAUCACUGCCAAUACUUUAAGGCAGCAACUUACAAACACUGAAGUUAGGCGAUUAGAGAAAAACGUUAAAGAGGUGUUGGAAGAUUUUGCUGAAGACAGUGAAAAGAAAGUUAAAUUGCUUACUGGUAAACGUGUUCAACUGGCCGAAGACCUCAAGAAAGUUAGAGAAAUUCAAGAAAAACUAGAUGCUUUCAUUGAAGCUCUUCAUCAGGAGAAAUAAAUUAUAUUAAAAUCCUACUCAUAAUAUUACCACUUCUGCAUACAGCUGAAGAAAGAAAACGUCAAGUCUUUUGUCCUGCCUCUUUUCCUUCUGCUUGUCCACCUUUCUAAAUACACAGGGAAGUCACGGGGUGAAAACAUUUCAUUUGUGUUAUAGGCACUUUGACCAUCAGCUGCCUUUUGAAUGGAAAAAUGGUUGUCAUUUUAUUGUAUCAAAGUAACAAAUGGAGAUAAUACAAUGGGAUAACCAUUAGGCUGAGGAUAAGAAACGCUCUGCUUAUUGUCUCAUUUGUGGUGAUAUUAAUUUAAUUCAUUAACUGCUGUCUUGCAGUGGCAUUUCUUUUCCAAAAAUACAGUGCUAGAUGUUUUGAAAUAAAACUUAAAGCAAUUUUUUGAAAAGUUAGCAAUCAUAUAAAGUGAUAAUAGCUGCUUAGUCAUCAUCUGUAUAUCUGUAAUUCCAGGAGCUAUUUGUGAUAAUUCAGUUUAUAUUCAUUACACGAAAGGAAAUUGGUUAGCAGAAGACCCCCAUAAAUAGGUUAAUUUAGAUUUUAAGAACCCAAUGUACAUUCAGUGCAAGAAAGUUCAACUUUUCCUUGAUAGCUUAGAAGUUUUCUAUGGAAUCUAAGUCGGUAGAUCCUUACCUACUUGAUUCAGUUACUAUUUUGGCACACUCUGUAUGCAUUUAAAAUUAAUUUAGUUUUGGAUGUUGUAUAACUUAAGUUGGGCUAUUAACAAUGUAUUUUUUUAAUUAUUAUCCCUCUAGACAGAGCCAUUGCUAUAUGAUACAAGAUGGGAGAGAUUAAUAAUCAACUAAUUUUAUCUAAAAUGUUGUCAAACAUUUCAACUACAAGUCAGGAAAAUAUUUUCUUUAAUAAAACUUAAAUAGAAAUUAUUUCAACAAUUAGAAUAAUGUUGAUUGUCUCUCAUAGUGGAAUAUCUAAAGAAAAAUUGCAGUUCAGUUACAAUAAUACUCCUAUAACAUUUUGCUGUGUUUUAGAUACCAUUUUUUUAUUGGUUAAAGGACUUUCUUUCCAUCCUUUAAUAAAUAUUUAUUUGAUAAACUAUCUUAGAGACUCUAAAAUUAAACAUAUUUACUUAAAUUACAAAAAGCAUCAUCCAAUUCUCCCUUCCCAUUGAAAGCCUGCUCCAUAAUUGAAGUACCAAAAAACCUGUGAGCUCUACUGCCAAAAGAUGGGCAUUGGGGGAAUGAUAUUAACUGAACUUCCACAGGAAGACAAAUGUAAAUCUGGUGGUGGUUUAAGUACACAUCUGCGUGUACCCAAGAGAACUACUCAGUCUCAAAAAUUAAUGGAAGAUAUAACCUUAGUACAGAAUUUUUUUGUUCUUAAUAAGGCUCAGGAAAUUAAAAUCAAUUGGGUAUGUGAUGUAAUGUACUUGUUAUAUUAUGUAAGUGAAUAUAAUCAAAAAAGUAAAAUGGACAAUCUAGAUUUCAAAACUAAUAAUUAAUAAGUAAGUCACUGGAUGUAAACAAGAACUUUUAAAAGCCAUUCUUCCUAAAACUUAACAAUCAGAACUGGGAUCCCCAGAAUUUUCAAGUGUCUUCUUGAACAUCCCCUUCAUCUCUUUAAUCAGUCCUGAGGCAUUCAUUUGAUCAGUGAGAUCUCUUCGAUCUAAUAACUCAAGAUCUUUAUCAUUAAUGACCUUUUCAUGAUUCUUUCACUUCCCUAAAAUAAUUUCUGGAUUUUAAUAACUUCAUUAAAUCUUUAGGACCUAAGAAAUUCUUAGAUUGAUUUAAUCUGGAUAGACCACCUAGGAAAUGAUCAUUGUGGAUAAUCAACUUUCCUAGUUUUCUUUGAGCAGCUGCUCUUUAAAGCAAUGAGAUAGACUAUUCUUUACCUAAAAUGUCUCAUUUGUUGCCUGUUCAUUGGGCUUUCAUUAUGCUAAUAAAAGUGCCCUCUGUGUGACAGUUUUUAUUUUACAGUCUCCAGUUUUCUUGGAACUGUUUGUUGGUACCAGUUUUCAUGCCACCUCCUUGGGUACCCCGCCCCGGGCCACCUUUUUUUAUAUUAGUACAUUCUCCAUUGUGUUCCCUCAAGAUCUGACACUUAGCGCACAAGGUUGGAGAAUAUCACAGAACAUUUCAGAGACUGGGGGUUCUGUAAAUACUUGUUUUAUACUGCUGAUAAAAAAGUAUUUCCAAAGUAUAUCUUAAGCAGGUGGUAGCUAUGUACAUUAUUUGGUAGAUAAGUAGUGAAAAGCCUUUGGUGUUUCGCCUAGAGGUAGGGAUGGUGCUGAAAACAGAAAGGGAGUAGAGCUCUGUAACAGUCUGUAAAAAGUGAAGAGAGGCCCUCACUGGUUAAACCCCUCCAGCCAGUGCUGGUGGUAGCUCAUUAUAAAAUGUUAUUGAAGAUUUUUUACAGUUGUAAAAUUUAGUUGUUACAACUACACAUCUGUUUCUGAAAAAGAAAAGAAAUAGGACUUCAUAUUUCCAUGAAUUUUGGGUAGGAGAAAAGAAUGCCCUCACUAUAUUUCUGUAUAUUUCUUCCAAGAAAAAGUCUGAUGUUAUUAGUACUUUCAUCACAACCCUCUGUAUAAGUUUUUAACAGAGGGGGAGGGAGGGGUCUUUAUUCCUUUGAGAUCAAUAUCCUUAAAUAUAAGUAGGUGGUGAAAAUUAAUAUUAUUAUAAAUACCAUGAGAACUUGGCAUUGUCUCCAUCCCCUUCAGUUAAACAGUCUUCUUUCAUGGAGGCUUUUUUUUUUUUUCUCCUUUUUAGUUAAUCUCUGAGCAUGCUUUUUUUUCUUAGAAGCAGAGUUGCAGAGAGGAAAAAAUAAAAUUCAGUCUUAACAGAAACUCUGUGUUGUGUCUAUAGUUCAAAAAUUAGAAAUUCAAAUUGAAAUUAAAAAUAACUUCAGAUAUUCAGUAUACAGAAGUUAAAUUCUAAUUAGACAAGAAAUCAUUUGUUUUUCAUGUCAGUUUACAAAGCUGAGGAAUGCUCCUUAAGGAAGACUGAAUUUUCGCAUAGGUAUAUCCAAAAUUAAUUUGGUUCAGAUAUUAAUUUGAAAAAUCAGUGAUACAUGAUAGGAAGCUAGUGAUUCUUGCUACGUCACACUUGAAUGGAGUUCACUACACUUCACAGGCAUAACAAUGUAGUAAUUUAGCUAUAUUCUCUCAUUGUAUUACCCCCAUUUUCCAGGCUUUUUCCAACAGUCUCCUUCCCACAAACUGUUUAGCUUCCAGAUGCAAAUGAACAAUGUAAAACUGAGUAGGAACACUGCAGAGAGAGGCCCUUCCUGUGCUCACUGUUUGGAAUUUUACAGCUGAGAUUGAGCAUGUAGCUUUAAAAGAGAAAUUCCUUAACUCGUUCAUUUUGUAUUUAUUUAUUUUAGGUGUAUUUAUCUGAGAAAAGAAAUGUGGUAUUUUCUCUUUCCAACAAAGGGGAUCAAAGUAAUGGUUUUUGUCUCCAUCCUCUAAGCUGGUAUGUGUUAUAAUUUCAGGUACUUUAGCAGUAUGGAAAUGUACUUUAAACUGCUCUUACCUUUGGAAUGAUCAUGACUAUGUGUUGUGUAAAUAUUUAAAACUUACAUUGUUGUCACUUGUGCACUGUGAAUGAACUUUGUAUUAUUUUUUAAAAACUUCAUACUACAUGUAGAUGUUUCUGCAACUUAUAUUUUGCCUGUGCUUGAUCUAAGGUUAUUUGUGUAGAUGUGUAAUUAAAUGAUGCUUAAAUCACAUUAUAAUUCUGUUAGUGGAGAGAAUUUUUGAAAUUUUAAAUUUUCUGUCUUAAUAAGGAAGAGAGAAAGAAAAAUUUAUGUACAUAGAGUCAUUAUUUGACCUUACCAUAAAACCAAAUUCUUGGUCUAACAAGCUUUUAACGUGGCUCUUCCCUGAAUGCUUGAAUUUCAUAUGCUUUGCGUUUUACAAUGGCUAUCUGUGGGCAACCAGUGCUUUUUUUUCAUGACAUUUGUCAAAAUAUUUGGACUUGUUUGUGUGUAUUGGUUUGUUUGUUUAGUAAAAUACGUGAGUUUUCUAAUUGCAUUUUUCUGCUAUGGCUAUCAUUUUCAUUAAUGAUGCUAGCAUAUUCAGUCAUGUGAGGCUCACUAAAACGUUACAACUGCUAGAACUAAGAGGAAUUUUAAAGAUCAUUUAAUUCCAUCUACCACCUGAUUAAAAACUCCCAUUACUCACUUUCUUUUUCCUACCAGAACUGGCUCAUAAAUGAUCUUUACUGAAUACUUGUUUUGUUGUUCAUUUAAUGUGUAAAAGAAGGAGGUGUACGAGUGCCUUCUCCAGGAUUCAUACACUGAAGUCAAAACUGGGAAAAGACUUAGAGUCACGACUGCUUCAAGAAAUAGUGCACAGUAGCUGUACAGUAGAUUAUUUCUGGUCAAGAAAUGUCAAGAGGCUUUUAAGUUCUUUAGAAGGUAUAUGGGGGAGAACACGUUUCAGUUGUAUUGGCAUGUAUAUCUCUUACCUGUGCUAGCAGACUGAUGUUAGUGUGAGACCCAAAGAAAGUUGUAUUUUAAAUUGUUUAUCUUUUGUGCAGUUCAAUUCAAAAAUCUUCAUGUAUCAGAAAAAUUUGAAGAAUUAAAUUACUGAAGAUAUAAUAGAACAACUUUUUCUGUUAA